AGCGUCGGGGCGGGGCCUGGGCAGCGUCCGGGGGCGGGGCCUGUCCUGUCCGGCCCACUCCCCUGGGAGCGCGAGCGGUGGACCCAAGCGGCUAUGUCCCGCCCUCGCAUGCGCCUGGUGGUCACCGCGGACGACUUUGGUUACUGUCCGCGACGCGAUGAGGGCAUCGUGGAGGCCUUUCUUGCCGGGGCCGUGACCAGCGUGUCCCUGCUGGUCAACGGUGCGGCCACGGAGAGCGCGGCGGAGCUGGCCCGCAGGCACAGCAUCCCCACGGGCCUCCACGCCAACCUGUCCGAGGGCCGCCCCGUGGGUCCGGCCUGCCGUGGCGCCUCGUCGCUGCUCGGCCCGGAAGGCUUCUUCCUUGGCAAGAUGGGAUUCCGGGAGGCGGUGGCGGCCGGAGACGUGGAUUUGCCUCAGGUGCGGAGCCGCAGCUACAGGAGGAUGCUCGCGAGGACCCCCAGAGCUCCGCCCGGAGGGUACUGUGAGGCCGUUAGGAGCUGGCGGUGGAUGGCUUCCUCAUUCAAAAACACUGGAGCCGUCACACGGAAGCACGAGGAGGGUAUCCUUGGCAGCUACUCCCGGUCGCUCAAGGUGUCUCUCGCUCGCCCUCUAGGUGCGGGAGGAGCUCGAGGCCCAACUAAGCUGCUUUCGGGAGCUGCUGGGCAGGGCCCCCACGCACGUGGACGGGCACCAGCACGUGCACGUGCUCCCAGGUGGACAGACGCCUUCGUGGGUCUGAGCACUUGCGGCCGGCACAUGUCCGCUCACCGCGUGUCCGGGGCACUGGCGCGGGUCCUGGAAGGUACCCUAGCGGGCCACACCCCGACAGCCGAGCUGAUGGCGCACCCCGGCUACCCCAGUGUGCCUCCCACCGGCGGCUGCGGUGAAGGCCCCGACGCUUUCUCUUGCUCUUGGGAGCGGCUGCAUGAGCUGCGCGUCCUCACCGCGCCCACGCUGCGGGCCCAACUUACCCAGGAUGGCGUGCAGCUUUGCGCCCUCGACGACCUGGACUUCAAGAGGCCAGAGGAGGAGGUCCCCUGUGAGGCCACUCUGGAGCCCUUCCUGGAACCCUCCCUACUCUGACCCCCUACAGACAACUAAGCACUAAUCCCCUUAGUACCAAGAAAGGGGAGCCAGGAUUUAGUCCUGGCCCAGGCCAGAGCCGGGCCCUGGAGCAGGAUCUGUUGACUUCCCUGGGUAGGACACUGCCACCUCUGGGCCCAGGUACUCAUGGCUCCAAAUGGCAUCUAGAGUUUGAGCAGCCUUCUUGGCUGCAGGCAGGCCCAGCCUGUGGCAGCGGCCUAGGGCCUGCAGAGCAUUUGGUGCCCCUCUAUGUUGCAGUGCAAACACCUUCACCACUGGGGCAGUGGGGAGAGAUGGCUAUAUUAAUAAAAUAACGUGUGUCUUUCAAA